CGGUCACGCAGUGAUAAUUUGUGGAUUGCAGGGAUAGGGUCAACAAACAUACAUUUUUGAAGUUAUUCUUGCGUUAUAACGUAAUCUGGUAAAUAAAAAUGUAUCAGCCUCCAUUGCCACCGCCGCAAGACUUUCCAGCGCAACCACCUCCGCCACCGCCGCCACCUGAAAGCGAAGAUAUAUCACCGCCCGGCGUUCAAGACAUUCCAAUUGCUCCAACUGAUGCCGGUUCAGCUGCAACAGCCUACAAUUAUCCGCCUCCGCCAAUUGGAAAUGCUUCUUAUAGCGCUCAAGGUUCUUCUUCAAACUAUUUCAAAUUUGCUCCACCAACGUAUGCACCACCACCCCAAACUGAAGCGAAUCCAUCGACAGGCUACAACUCAAAUUCUUCUUCAUACGCUUACGAAAGUUAUCCAUAUCAGGAAGGAUACGCUGCUCAGCAGAACUAUGGGCAUCCGCCGCCGAAUUCAUAUAAUUACGAGUCCUAUAGCCACAACUCAGCGUAUUCGUACAAAUACCAAGAAAGAGAACGCUACGAAUACACCCCUAAUUAUCGACCCCCAAAUCAACGAUACUCCAACUACAAUCCUAAUUAUCAACAACAACAACAGACAAGCUAUGGUGGAGGAUAUGGUUAUAGCAAUCGCUAUGAGCAACGUUACAAUGCUCCGCGACAGGCACGAGCAUCCUCUUACUAUUCGUCAGGCAGAAGCAGCUCCAAGGGAGUUAGUAGCGAUGACUCGCGUAGCUAUCGGGAACGCAGCGAAUCUGUCCAAAGAGAGCCAAAGAUCGAAACGGAACGCGAUCGUUUGUUGCGUCAGUGGUGUUCGAAUUAUUGUGAGAAAUCUGAGGACUAUGUGAAGAAAAUGAAUGCACUAAAUGAUACAGAGACACCAGUAGAAUCCUGGGUACGUUCCUCACCAGCCGAGCUGUACUACGAACGCACCAAGAACGAGCACGAGGUGAAGGCCAAGACACGCCUGCACAAACUCUGUGCUCUCUUCGACGAUGAGCUCAUUCAGCGUGCAAAUCGAGUACGCGAAACAUUGCCAGCAUAUGUGCCACCGCCAAGGAAAGCGCGACGUCGUGUCUGCAAGCACAAACACAAGUCGGAGGCAUGUUCCUCCAGCUCGGACUCCGACUCGGAUGACGAUGCCUUUAAGAUCGAGCAGGACUGCUGUAUGGAAGAGCUGUCGCGCAAGGUACAACAUCCCCAACGUGUCCAUGCUGAUUUGUGGCACAACGAUGCUGGCGAAAUGAACGACGGACCGUUGUGUCGCUGUUCGGCUAAAUCGCGACGUAUUGGUAUACGGCAUGGUAUCUAUCCGGGCGAGAAGGGAUACGAGAUUUGCGACAAGGAAACGAACAAUGCAGGCAGCUUGUAUCAUUAUAGGAUCACCAUUUCGCCACCCACCAACUUUCUUACCAAAACACCGACAAUCAUUAAACAUGAUGAGCACGAGUUUCUCUUUGAGGGUUUCUCGUUGUUGUCGCAUGUCCGUCUAACGGAUUUGCCUGUCUGCAAGGUGAUUCGAUUCAACAUUGAGUAUACCAUUGAGUAUGAUGAGGAGCAGAUGCCCGAGAAUUUCACCAUACGGGAAUUGGACUUGUUCUUUGAGUACAUGUUUCAUGAGCUGCUGGAGCUGGUUGACUUCAACUUGAUGCCCAACGGCGCCACAAAUGAGGAGGAAUCCUGCCCAGCCUUUCAUUUUCUGCCGCGUUUUGUGCGCGAACUGCCCGACAACGGCAAAGAAGUGCUUGCCAUGUGCGAGGUGCUCAAGUAUCUGCUAGACAAUUCAGCGAAGCUGGUGGAGCGCCAGCAGCUGUUGCACUUGAACCAAAUCAGUCAGCACGAGUGGCAAAAGUAUGUAGACUUCAUAAAGGGCAUGCUGGUAACAAAGCCAGGCCAUAAGCCAUGCUCACUGCGUGUGGAUCAACUGGAUCGCAACAAUUCAGAUCUGCCAGAAUGUCUCGAUCGGGAGACGGGCAUUUCUCAUCCGGCAAUCGUGCAUUUCGGCAUACGUCCACCACAACUAAGCUAUGCCGGCAAUCCAGAGUAUCAAAAGGCGUGGCGUGAAUAUGUAAAGUUUCGUCAUUUGAUGGCCAACAUGUCCAAGCCAUCAUUCAAGGACAAACGCAAGCUGGAAGAUAAGGAGCAGCGGCUGCAGGAGAUGCGCACCCAGGGCCGCAUGAAACGCAAUAUAACAGUGGCCAUCAGCUCGGAGGGCUUCUAUCGAACGGGCAUUAUGUGCGACAUGGUGCAGCAUGCGAUGCUUAUACCAGUGCUUACCGGACACUUGCGUUUCCACAAAUCAUUAGAUCUACUGGAGGAGAGCAUUGGUUACAAGUUUAAGAAUCGCUACUUGCUGCAGCUGGCUCUGACGCAUCCUUCCUACAAGGAAAACUACGGCACCAAUCCGGAUCAUGCUCGUAAUUCACUCACGAACUGCGGCAUCCGGCAGCCUGAGUAUGGAGAUCGCAAGAUUCAUUAUAUGAACACACGCAAGCGUGGCAUCAAUACGCUGGUCAGCAUAAUGUCACGGUUUGGCAAGGAUCAUGAGACCGUUUCAAAUAUAACUCAUAACGAACGUCUGGAAUUUCUGGGUGAUGCUGUUGUCGAGUUCUUGAGCUCGAUACAUUUGUUCUUUAUGUUUCCGGAGCUGGAAGAAGGCGGUUUGGCUACUUAUCGCGCAGCCAUCGUUCAGAAUCAACACUUGGCUCUGUUGGCCAAAAAACUACAGCUCGAAGAGUUCAUGCUGUAUGCUCAUGGUUCGGAUUUGUGUCACGAGCUGGAGCUACGACAUGCAAUGGCCAACUGCUUUGAGGCGUUGAUGGGUGCAUUGCUGCUGGACGGUGGUAUUAAGGUGGCCGAUGAAGUCUUUACCGAUGCCCUCUUUAGGAAGGAGGACAAGCUGCUUAAGAUUUGGAAAAAUUUGCCCGAGCAUCCGUUGCAAGAACAGGAACCGCUGGGCGAUCGUAGCUGCAUUGGUUCCUAUAAAGUACUCAAGGAUUUGACUAGAUUCGAAGACUCCAUUGGCAUCAAGUUCAAGCAUAUUCGUUUGCUAGCACGAGCAUUCACCGAUCGUUCCAUUGGUUUCACACACUUAACGUUGGGCUCCAAUCAGCGACUGGAAUUCCUUGGUGACACUGUGCUGCAAUUGAUCUGUUCGGAGUAUUUGUAUCGCCACUUUCCCGAGCAUCACGAAGGUCAUUUGUCGCUGUUGCGCUCCUCGCUCGUCAACAAUCGCACACAGGCUGUGGUCUGUGAUGAUCUGGGCAUGCCCCAAUAUGCUGUCUAUGCCAAUCCUAAGGGGGAUUUGAAGACCAAAGACCGCGCAGAUCUGCUCGAGGCAUUCUUGGGCGCUUUGUACGUGGACAAGGGUCUGUUGUUUUGCGAACAAUUCUGCCAUGUCUGCCUCUUUCCGCGCCUCCAAUUGUUCAUUAUGAAUCAGGACUGGAACGAUCCCAAAUCAAAGCUGCAACAAUGUUGCCUCACGUUGCGUACCAUGGACGGCGGUGAACCCGAUAUACCGUAUUACAAGGUGGUCGAGUCCAGUGGCCCGACAAAUACUCGUGUCUACAAGGUGGCCGUUUAUUUCCGCUCCAAGCGUUUGGCCACCGCUAGUGGUUCCUCCAUACAACAAGCCGAGAUGAAUGCAGCCAAGCAGGCGCUAGAAAAUUCGCGGGAUCUCUUUCCCCAGCUGGAUCACCAGAAGCGGGUCAUUGCGAAGAGCAUCAAAAAGCAAACCGGCAACGAAAUGGAUACUGAUGCCAAUAAGCAGCUCCAAGAUGGCAAGGCCAAAAAGCCCAAGUAUGCGGCGCCCCUAGAGGAUGAAUCACACUUGCCCAAGCAAUAUCGUAUGCAUGAGAAUAUAUCCAGUGAUGAGUUACCCGACGAUGAUGACGACGAGUAUACCAAGCGCACUUCUCCAUUGCCUAUGCCAAGGAGUCGAAGUAGUGAUUCAAGUAGCAGUAGCAGCAGUAGCAGUAGUAGUGAUAGCGACAGCUCCAGCGGACCGCCGAGACGCAAAGCGCGCCUUGAACCCGGCUCCACUUCACCCGUGUCUCCGGCAUCAUCGUCGUAAUAAAUCCAGUAUAUUUCUAAGUUAAAAUCCAAUAGAGAAUCUUAAGAAAUGCCAUUGUUGUGGUGUGCAUAACUUUAAACAUGAAUUCCUUUUAAUAUUUAUUGUCUUCACUAAUUGAAGAUAAUCUGCCUUGUUUUCAAUUUGGCCUAAAUAUGCUGAUUUUUUUCUUAUUUCAAUA